AUGCUGUUACAUAAGACGUCACACUUAGCUAAGCUGAUCGUUCGACACUGGCAUUUAGUUACGUGUCAUUCUGGACCGAGGGUUAUAACCGCUUUGAUAACCCGUAAUUUUUGGAUAAUGUCAGUUCGUGUUGUCAUUCGUCAGACUAUUGGGUCAUGCACCACCUGUGUUCAAGCUAUCGCUCAAUCUCCGCAACCUUUGAUGGCAGAUUUGCCUGCAGCCCGCGUUCAGGUAUGCCAGCCUAUCACCAAAGUAGGAAUCGACUAUGCUGGCCCCCUUCCAAUGAGAGAAUGCCGCCUGCGAAAGCCUAGAGAGUACAAGGUGUACAUUUCCGUCUUCAUAUGCAUGGCCACCAAAGCCGUCCAUCUGGAACUCGUUCUUGAACUAUCUACUGACGCAUUUUUAGCGGCGUUCGAUAGGUUUGCAGCUCGUCGUGGUCUGCCUCAGGAAAUCUUUUCUGACUGCGGUACCGACUUUGUGGCGCGUCAAAACGGUUAUCCGUGCUGGUCAAUCACCCAGAUUCAGGCACCUGCUUUUUAA